AUAAUCCGCCUAACCUAAAGCGCCUCCUCUGCGCCUUAAUUUUCCUGUCUUUCAUCUCUCUCUCUAUCUUUCUCUCCUCCAUCACUCUCUCUCUCCUGAACCGCCGCCGCCGUAAACCAAGCUCUGUCGAACUCUCACUCCGCCGCAACUCGGGAGCUUUUGUUCAACCUUCACACUUGAAAAGAAAAAAAAAAAAACAAAGCGAAAAACAGAGCAAGUUUUGAUGGCUGCAACUGCUGUUAAUAAGAAAAAAGGCACUAAGGUCCAGAAGGCUCCGCCGAAAAAGAAGCAAAAGAGUGAGCUUUUCACUCCUAAAAGGUCAAAGAAAGAAGAUGUUUUGGACCAUUCUGAUGUCUCAGAUGAAGAAAAAGAAGUUGAGGACCAUGAGGAGUUUGAUGAAGAUGAGGAUGGUUCUGAUUUGGGUUCUGAUGUCUCUUCUGAUACUGAUAACCCUCUUGUUGAUGAUUUCCUCCAGGGAAGUGAUGAUGAAGAGGAAGGUUCGGGAUCCGACCGUGAAUCAGCUUCUGGGUCAGAUUCAGAGGAGUCCGACUCUGAUCCUGUGGCGAAGUCAAUCGCUAUCGAUAAAGAAAGGAAGAGGGUAGAACAAGAAGCCAUGGAUGAAAUGCAGCUCAAUAUUAAAGAUGAAUCCGAUGAGUUCAGAUUGCCAACCAAAGAGGAACUUGAAGAAGAGUCGAAUCGACCUCCAGAUCUUCAAAAUCUCCAGAGGAGGAUUAAAGAGAUUGUUCGAGUGCUGUCAAAUUUUAAGGCUUUGAGGCAGGAUGGGUCAGCAAGGAAAGAUUAUGUUGAGCAGCUUAAGAGGGAUUUAAUUACCUACUACGGAUAUAAUGAGUUUUUAGUUGGAGCUCUUGUUGAGAUGUUUCCAGUUGUUGAACUUAUGGAACUUAUAGAAGCUUUUGAAAAGCCUCGACCUAUAUGUCUCCGGACUAACACUUUAAAGACUCGGAGGAGGGAUUUGGCAGACGUUCUUAUAAACAGAGGAGUAAAUUUGGAUCCCUUGAGCAAGUGGUCUAAAGUUGGACUGGUUGUGUAUGAUUCACAAGUUCCGAUUGGUGCAACUCCCGAGUACAUGGCUGGUUAUUACAUGCUCCAAAGUGCAAGCUCCUUUUUGCCUGUCAUGGCCUUAGCUCCUCAAGAAAAGGAACGAAUCGUUGAUAUGGCUGCUGCACCUGGCGGUAAAACAACUUACAUUGCUGCUCUAAUGAAAAAUAGUGGAAUCAUUUUUGCUAAUGAGGUGAAGGUACCGAGGCUCAAGUCACUCACGGCAAAUCUGCAUCGGAUGGGAGUGACAAAUACAGUAGUUUGUAACUACGAUGGAAAUGAGCUACCUAAAGUUUUGGGUGUCAACUCAGUUGAUAGAGUGUUAUUAGAUGCUCCUUGCAGUGGGACUGGGGUUAUAUCAAAAGAUGAGUCUGUAAAAACUUCUAAAAGCUUGGAUGAAAUUCAAAAAUGUGUUCAUUUGCAAAAGCAACUUUUACUUGCU